AUGCUCGCCAAAACCAUUCUGGCCCUAGGCGCUCUUGCCUCCUUCGCCGAGCAGACCAUUGCUCUCCCAUCCGACUACCACGUCAGCAUCGUCCGCGACGAGGUUGAUGUGACCGCCAAGAUUGAGGUGAACACUGGCAAGGACCAUAGCACCGAUGGAGCUCCGGCCGAGGUGCUCGAGGCCCUCGCAACCAGAGGCGAGGGUAAUGGCAACGACACGUCGAUCGGGUCGAUGCCCUUCUCCAAGCGCGGCCUGGCUUACAACGACGCUGGCAUGGCUAAUGCCCUUGGCGGCGCCUGCAAGAAGUGCGGCUGGGGCUGGAACUGGGACCAGACCCCUAAUGGCUUGGACGGCCGAUACAGCUUUGUUCCCAUGCUUUGGGGAGACCGCCCCGUCCACACUAACCGCUGGGCUGCCAAUGCUCAGAAGGCCAUCCAGAACGGCGCCAAGGCCUUCCUCAGCUUCAACGAGCCCGACAACGGCGGCCAGUCCAACAUGUCGCCCCAGGCUGCCGCCGAAGCCCACAUCAAGUACAUGAACCCUUAUGCCGGCAAGGUCAAGAUUGGCGCUCCGUCCAUCACCAACAGCGGCGCCUCCAACCAGGGCGUCAACUGGCUCAAUGCCUUCUUCAAGGCCUGCAAUGGUCGAUGCAGGGUCGACUUCUGCCCCGUCCACUGGUACUCGGACGCUCAGUGGGCCGACACCCUCAUCACUCACAUCAACUCCGCCUCCAAGGCUUGCAGCGGCAAGCCCGUCUGGCUUACCGAGUUCGCCCCCACCGGCGGCGACGUCAACGGCUUCCUCCGCAAGAUGCUCCCCAAGCUCGACGCCCUCGGCUCCCUCGAUGCCUACUCGUACUUCAUGGUCGCCCAGGGCAAGCUCAUGUCCGGCAGCCGAAGCCUGAGCAGCUCCGGCCAGCUCUACGCCACCCUGUAA